AUUGCGGCAGAUGUUCUACAGCCCUGGAAGAGGGCGAAGAUGUGGGAAAAGGACGAAGACCCGCAAGAGGGCGAAGAAAAGAAAAUGGUCAAAUCAACAAUUCAACAAUUUUCAAGUUUCAAAUUUCACAAUAAUUCAUUCAAUAGAUCAACCUUUCGCCACGAGGUGCCAGGUCUGUUUGAAGAUUUUUAAUCUUGUUUAUUUUCUCAAAAUUUAUUCUCACCACUAG